AUGGGUUCCCAAAUCCCGGCUUCGGGCCAAAUCAAAGCGCCAAACAAGAACACCGUUAACGUGGAUCCUAACCCUUCCUUCGACGCGCUCCAGGGGUGGAUGCCAACGGCAACCCUUAGCGAACUUGAGGAAUCCUUCGACCAGCAGAUACAGCAGAGUUGGUUGGAACGUGAACCAACCCCAGAAAGGAGCCCUCCACCGAAUCAAACCCCUAAGGGAACUUCUACAGCAUCACAACGCCGAACAGUGCCUGCUCGGAAAAGGGGAAUCCGGAGGCACAAUUUGCUCUUGGACAAGCUGGGUCGCAAGAAAACAAAGCGUCAGCGGAGAGAAUGGAAGAUAUUAUCACUGCUACAAAAAGUUUCAAAGGAAUGCCGCAUUACGAAGUUGGCCCUGGAAACAAACCAAGAGCAGAUGCAAGCACUUCGCCAGGGAGAAGCCUACGCCCAGGCCCAAGCAGCCAAGUUUGAAAAAGCGCUUGAAUGUGAGAGACACUUGCAAGCUGAAAUCAAGUCUGAGCUCUCUGCUGUCAAGCAAGAAGCAUCAGCAUUUUGUCAGGCAGCAGCCUGCGCCCAUGCUCAAGCAGGCGAGUUCGAAAAAGCGCUUGAAUAUGAGAGACGCUUGCACACUGAAACCAAGUCUGAGCUCUCUGCUGCCAAGCAUGAAGCAUCAGCAUUUUACGAGACAGCAGCCGGUGCCCAUGCUCAAGCAGGCGAGUUCGAAAAAAAGCUUGCUUGUGAGAGACACUGGCACACUAAAACCAAGUCUGAGCUCUCUGCUUCGCAGCAAGAAGUAUCAACACUUCUCCAGGGCCAAUCGCAAGCCGGUCAUGACCGGAACAUGAUGAGAAGGAAGAUGAAAGAUCAACAAGCCAUGCUUGACGAUGCAGUAAAGGAACUCAACAAGUCAAAGGAAACGGCCGCAACGGCUCGUCAAGGGCAACUGAAGGCUAUUUCCGAGCUGAACAAAGCUAUGCGGCUGAACCAAGGAUCCGACCAGUCGACCGACACGCAGUUGGUCCAGAAGAUGGUUGAGCUCCGUAAUAACAUUCGCACUUGGUCGUUGACCUAUUUUAUCACUGAAUUCGAAAACACCCCCAGGCUGUGCAGACAGGACAUGGAGAUCCUGUACGAACUUGGACUUGAUUCCGUUAUGCGCAAAGAUUGCUUUGAGAGAUCCCUGCAAGACACAACAAUACGCCCAACAGUUGCUCGUUCAGUUCUCUGGGCGGUACUUCAAAGGGACCUUUUCCGACAGUAUCUAUGGGUGAUUAGACCAUUUGGCAGGUGGGUGAGAGACACACACAAGUUCCUCUCAUCGAAGAUGAUGAUGAAGUAUUCCCAAGAUUUUGAUGAGAAAUCCCACAAGUUCAACAUUUGGCGGGCAAAUGGAAAUGGCAUGUUCUCUCAGGCACCGAGGCCAGGCCAGAAACGCAUGUGUAGAAAUCGCACAAUCACCCAAUUGGUAACAUCAACCAUGCGCUUGUUGAAACCCCUCCUCGCAAGUCAAGAUCAGAAGGAUGCCGAGGGCGAGCUGUAUCAAAUCAUAGAUCAAGCCUUGGCUUUGGAUGAAGAGCUGUGCCAGCAGGUUGCAGAUCUCUCGGUCCGGUACCUAGAAGACUCUUCAGGCUUGGUGGGAGCUCGCUUCAAUCCGCGGGCAAUGACUACGGAGAUUGGUAGCAAGGAUGCUACAGCAGAAGAUGUCGUCUCUGUGGUUCUCGCCCCUGCCUUGAUCAAGCGAGGCAACUCAGCCGGCAACGAUUUCAACAAACAGGUUAUAUUGGUGCCGAUGGAGGUUAUUUGCGAGCCUGCGGAGCCGAACCCAACCUCACGCGCAAAUCCAAUCCCAAUCCCAACUCCAACUCCAAGCCCAAGGGUCUAG